AUGAGCGGGUGGAUGGCGGCCGCCUCCAGCAGCUGGGUGGCUGUGGACCCCUCCAGCCACUUCAGCCUGCACAACCUGCCCUAUGGCAUCUUCAGCACGGCGGCCAACCCCACGCCGCGGCCGGGCGUGGCCAUCGGCGACAAUGUGCUGGACCUGAGUGCCGUUGCCCAGGCGGGGCUGUUCUCGGGGCCUGUGCUGAGCAGCAGCAGCCAGUGCUUCCAACAGCCCACCCUGAACAGCUUCAUGUCGCUGGGGCGUCCGGCAUGGCUGGAGGCGCGGCACACGGUGCAGCGGCUGCUGCUGCACCUCCCCGUGGGCUACCACGGCAGGGCGUCGUCGGUGGUGGUGUCCGGCACCGAUGUGCGGCGGCCGUGGGGCCAGGUGCAGCAGGCGGCGGGGCAGGCGCCCGCCUUCCUGCCCAGCAGCCAGCUGGACUUUGAGCUGGAGAUGGGCUGCUUCAUCGGCACAGGCAACGAGCUGGGCAGCGCCAUCCCGGCGGCGCAGGCGGCGCACCACAUCUUUGGCUGGGUGCUGGCCAACGACUGGAGCGCGCGCGACAUACAGCGGUGGGAGUAUGUGCCGCUGGGCCCCUUCAACAGCAAGAACUUUGGCACCAGCAUCUCCCCCUGGGUGGUCACCCCCCAGGCGCUGGAGCCAUUUGCCCGCCCGGCGCCGCCGCAGCACGACCCGGCGCCGCUGCCAUACCUGCAGCAGCCGCAGCGCAGCAACUAUGAUGUGGCGCUGGAGGUGGCCGUCCAGCCUGCAGGCGGCUGCGCGGGGGAGACGGUGGUGGCGCGCAGCAACCUGCGCACGCUGUACUGGACGAUGCCGCAGAUGAUCGCCCACCACACGGCAGGCGGCUGCAACCUGCGGCCGGGCGACAUGCUGGCCACCGGCACGCUGAGCUGCGAGGGCCCGCUGGGCGCGGGGUGCCUCCUGGAGGCGACCUGGAACGGCAGCCGGCCAGUGGAGCUGAGCGACGGCAGCAAGCGCACCUACUUGGAGGAUGGGGACACGGUGGUGAUGCGCGGCUGCUGCCAGGGAGACGGGUACAGGGUGGGCUUUGGCGAGUGCCGCGGCACGGUGCUGCCUGCCCGGCCCCUGUGA